AAGCCCUGGGUUCGAUCCCCAGCACCACAUAAACAAAUAAACAAAAUAAAGGUAUUACGUCCAUCUACAACUAAAAAAAAAUAUUUUUAAAAAAAGACUGACAAAGAACUCAAGGACUUUUUUAUGCCAAAAUGACAGGAAACAAAGUGAUCUAAGCAGAAAAUGGCAACUCCCUGGCUCUCCUAACUAACCUGACCAACUCACCCUGGCUUCAGGCAGGUGGGAUCCCGUCUCCACCCUCCCAUCCUCUGCUGUCUCUGAGCUGGCCCCAGAGUGGCCCUGUGAUGGCCCCAUGAUGGCCCAGGUCACACCAGGUUCCCCCGUCCCUCAGUCAGAGACCUGGUGACACAGUGGCUGUACCCAGUAGUCCCACCAUCCUGACGUGGGUCACAGCCCGAGCCAAGCACACUGGGGAAGGGGCCUGUGCUGACCUGUCCAGCUGGAACCCAGAGCCCACUCCUAGAAAGGGAGGCUGGUCCACCAGACCAGACAACACUUCGAGGGAGAGGGGGUGCAGCCAGAAGGGGCAGGGUUCUGGCGAGUGAAACAGGAGGCCCGACACGGCAGCUGCUGAGGGGGUGCAGGCUCCGGCAGCACAGGGUGCUGCUCUGUCCCCUGAAGCCCCAGCCUCCCUUUCCGCCUUCUCCACACAUCCUCCCCAUCUGCACACCACUGCCUGUCAGGUUGGUGUUGAACCUGAAACUGGGCAUCGAGACUCUGGCCUGCUGCAGGAUGACCUGGCUGACCUCCCAGCCCCAGGCCUGGCACCAUCGGAGAAUGAGCUUGUAUCUGGUCGAGAGUCCCGAGGGACCAUCACCCACUGUGGACUGGCUGCCCGAGGCUCCAUCUCCUGGUCAGUUAUCUGUGCCACCCCUUCCAUCUGAGCAGAUGCUGUUCCAAGAAAGGGGGUAUCCCACAGCUUGGUACUGCACCUGGCAAGGUCCACUCCCCUGCUGACCACGUGACCUGCCAAAGGACCACACCCUCCCUGCAGGGGUUGGGGCCAGAAUGGGGUACAGCUUACAGCCCCUCACCCAUCCAGAGGCGCCCAGCCCUGUCUCGUCAGGGAUGGCAUCUGUUUGGUCCCUCCUGGGUGCUCAGAGUCUAGGACAUGUGGGCGGGCUGGAUGGAUGAAUGCGGGAACUCGGAGGUCUGAAGCCUUAGGGCUGCCGUCGGCCCUGCAGAGUGCUCCCAGGAGUGAGGAAGCACCCUCCUGCCUCCCAGGUCUCCUCUGGGUUUGCAAGAUAGGAUUAAGAAAAAACCUGCGGUUCCGGAAGAAGCUGCAGUCAGAGGCCAGUGCCUUCGCCACCGAAGUCUCCUGGAACAGAGGUCCUGAGCGGAGCCUCCAGCCCCCAUGCACGCUGAGGCCUUCCACGCACCUUCAGCUGGGGAGCACGUCCUCUGCCUUCGUCAGGGCCACGCAGCCAGGAAGACAUGCAGCACACUUUCUAAAGCCUCGACGUUCCACGGGAAGAUGGGGUGGGGCGACCUGGGGGUGUACGGAGAACCUUCGAGAGAGACUCCAAAUUUGGACCAGAUGGCUGCAGAAGGGAUGCUUUUCCCAAACUUCUACUCUGCCAACCCUCUGUGCUCGCCAUCCAGGGCAGCCCUGCUCACAGGACGGCUGCCCAUCCGCAACGGCUUCUAUACCACCAAUGCACACGCCCGGAAUGCCUACACGCCCCAGGAGGUAGUGGGCGGCAUCCCCGACUCUGAGCUCCUGCUGCCUGAGCUCCUGAAGGAAGCCGGCUACACCAGCAAGAUCGUGGGCAAGUGGCAUCUGGGUCAUAGGCCCCAGUUCCACCCCCUGAAGCACGGAUUUGAUGAGUGGUUUGGAUCCCCCAACUGUCACUUUGGACCUUAUGACAACAGGGCCAGGCCCAACAUCCCUGUGUAUAGGGACUGGGAGAUGGUCGGCAGAUUUUAUGAAGAAUUUCCAAUCAACCUGAAGACUGGGGAGGCCAACCUCACCCAGAUCUACUUAGAGGAGGCCCUGGAUUUCAUCAGGAGGCAGCAGGCCAGGCAACGCCCGUUCUUCCUCUACUGGGCCAUCGACGCCACCCACGCGCCUGUCUAUGCCUCCAGAUCUUUCUUGGGUACCAGCAGGCGAGGGCGGUAUGGGGACGCCGUUCGCGAGGUCGAUGCCAGUGUUGGGAGGAUCCUGAGGCUGCUGCGGGAGCUGCGCCUCGGGGAGAGCACCUUCGUCUUCUUCACCUCGGAUAAUGGCGCUGCCCUCGUUUCUGCUCCCGAGCAAGGUGGCAGUAAUGGCCCCUUUCUGUGUGGGAAGCAGACCACAUUUGAAGGUGGGAUGAGGGUGCCUGCGAUCGCGUGGUGGCCCGGGCACAUCCCUGCAGGCCAGGUGAGCCACCAGCUGGGCAGCAUCAUGGACCUUUUCUCCACCAGCCUGUCCCUCGCAGGCCUGAAGCCGCCCCGUGACAGGGCUGUCGACGGCCUCGACCUCCUUCCUGCCAUUCUGCAGGGCCAGCUGAUGGACAGGCCGAUGUUCUAUUACCGUGGCAAUACACUGAUGGCGGUCACUCUUGGCCUGUACAAGGCCCACUUCUGGACUUGGACCAACUCCUGGGAGGAGUUUAAACAGGGCAUCAACUUCUGUCCUGGGCAGAACGUCUCAGGAGUCACAACCCACACCCAAGAAGAGCACACAAAGCUGCCCCUGAUGUUCCACCUGGGACGAGACCCUGGGGAGAGGUACCCGCUCAGCUUUGGCAGUGCUGAGUACCAGGAUGCCCUUGGCAGAAUCACCCCAGCUGUCCAGCAGCACCAGGAGGCCUUGGUCCCCGGACAGCCCCAGCUCAAUGUGUGCAACCAGGCAGUCAUGAACUGGGCACCCCCAGGCUGUGAAAAGUUAGGCAAGUGUCUGAGGCCUCCAGAGUCUGUCCCAGAGAAGUGCCAUUGGCUCCAUUAGCACCUGCUUGAACCCAGAAUCUCCACAGACCCUGCAGGUGCCCAAGAGCAGGAAGUGUCUGGCCUCUGCCAACUGCCAAGCGCUCACUGCCAGACAGCAUCUGCAGCCAGCAGCAGGGCCUGCCAGACACCUGCCAGAGACCUGGUUCUAGAGUCCACUCCUCAUUGCGCCUCCUCACCCACCUGGCCCUGCAGCCCAUCAUCUCAGCUGGCUAUGAAGGAGGCCACAGGCGUGAUUGCUGCCUCCCAUGCUCCUGCUCGGUGAUGAAGGAUUGAUGGCAGUGGUGUGAUUGGAUUCUGAGCCCCUCAGUGCUAUUAGGGUGCUCUCCACACCACCCCACAGGGCUGUGGACAAGGGGGGAUAGGGAGGAGGCAGACACUCCACCCCACAUUGGACGCCCAUGCCACUUCUUCUGUGGAGGGUGUCGGUGUCCUUGGCUCUCUGCCCGGGCUCAGCACACUGAUCCUGUCUGCUGUGAGCCCACCUGUCUCAAGGCAGGUGGGAGCCGCCUUCCAUGAGUGGGUUCUCACAUCUGUGCCGUUCUGCCAAAACAAAUCGUAAAAGUUGGGAAAUGUCGAAGAAAUAGGCUCAUAAUAAAGAACAAAACCUGUUUUAA